AUGGCUCCCGAGUCGAGAUUUCUGGCCCUUCCCCGCGAGAUUCGCGAUGCGAUUUACGAACACUACGUCGACGUGCCGGGCGGUUACGUCUGCGACACCGAAAAGUUCGUCACCCGCUCCCUGGAGCUGAGAAACCAGGGCGUCGACAGCCAGUCGAGUACUGCUGGGGCACUGAGGCGAGCCGAUGGUCGUCCGACCGACUUCAAUCUUAUGUACGCGUGCAAGCUCACAGCCCAGGAAAUGAGCGGCAUUGCCCUGCGCAGAAACACAAUCACCUUCUCGACCGCCACGUCCGACGAGAUACGCGUUCUUGCCGCCCGCUUCGACGGCCUGAUGUCCUAUGGCGUUGGUGCCAGCUACCAGGGCAUACUGCACUUUGCCGGUCACACGAUUGCGGAGAAGGACCAAGCAGACUUGAAGCGCAAGUAUCCGCAAUUUUCUCCCUUGCUCGACCUGCUGAAGAAGAAGGGCGACAUGAGCGGCGACGAGAACCUGAGCCAGAGGAACCAAGUCUUCAAGUCAGGCCCUUACGGCGAGGUGCCCUCGACUUACCGUGCCUUCUGUCGCGAUGCGCUUCGAGCUAUCUCACUGUGUCAGGCUGGCCGCGAAUGCUUGGACAGGCAUACGCCGUUUUCCGGGCACUCCCGGUAUGGUAACCCCGAUCCUCUUCGCGCGAUCCAGCGCCCGAUCGACCACUGGAUUAUUCCAUCACAGGACGACAUCAAGUCCUUGAUGUCUUGCUAUUCGGGGGGGAGCAACGACGUUGAUCGGGUGGUCCGCUGCAGGGACCGCACAAAGUACCGCUUCUCAGCUGCCGCGGUCGCCAUCCAAUUCCUCAAGGACUUUCCGCCCUCGUCACGUAUACAUGUUGGAGAGCGCUGCAGGGAGAGCUGGCGGGGGCUUCCAUGGGCGUUGGACUCCAGGCAGAUCAGCAGGAACAUCGCCAAUUGGAUGGCGGAAGCCUCGGCGCUCGUACCGGCUGGCAUGCCUCCAAAUUCGUUCACGCUCGUCCUGGAUGGCCAGCCGGUACCCGAAUACUGCGCUCGAAUCUUUCAGCAGGUUGUCCAACGAGAUGCCGCGUGGCAGGCGGCCUGGAUCGAGUCCCAGGAUCGCGGCAUUCUCCCGUCGUUGCCUUGGCUUGCCCAAAGGCACCAUGAACUGGACCCCUGGUACGUCGAAAAACAUUGCCGCAGCAUCCAGGGCUACGUCUUCCAUAACUUCCCGCAGGCCCUGGAGGAUAUGACCAACAACAGGUCCAUUGUGCGCUGCAACUUCGACGUCGGCGAAACGUGGAACGUCGAGAGACUCAUCCGCGAGCACGAGCAAUGGACUCAGAAGGAAUGGAUUAGAGGAUGGAACACCCACGACCCCGACAUUUGGUACCCAGAGGCGCCGCUGCCCGGUCUGCAGGCCAUCUUUGAGGAGAACAACCUCCCACUCCCUGACGACUACGAGUCAAGCGUCGACUCUGACGACCCAGUAUCUGGAGAUGAGGAUGAAGAUGAAGAUGAUGACAACGACAACGGCGACGACGACGUGGUGUGA